AUGGCACCAAACGCAAAAAAAUGGCCCUCAAGAGAAGGCUUCACAGCUGAUGCUCUAGGCAAUUUCAUCUCCCGGAGUCUGCUAGACCCCUGGAAGUUACUCCCAAUUUUUGCUCUAGUACAAUACACAGCCAAAGGCCGAGAUAUUGCCAAAGCGCGCCCAAAUUUCUACAAGGCCCUGAAACACCUAACAGCCAUAUGUCUUAUCAGCAGACUAGGCAAGUGGCUCGACCAUCGCAUGCUGAACAACAGUGUCAGCGACGUAUACGACUGGAACCGCGAAGUUGUAAUCCUAACUGGCGGUAGCAACGGGAUCGGUCGACGCAUCGCGGAGCUACUUGGGGCACGCGACAUCAAAGUCGCCAUCCUGGAUAUCUCUCUGCCAGCGACCGACGACGUGCUACCAAACAGCGUGCGGUAUUACCAAUGUGACAUAACCUCCACGACAGCCAUCGGAGACGUAGCAACCAGAAUCCGCGCCUCAUUUGGCCGCCCCAGCAUUCUAAUCAACAACGCUGGCAUCUGCACCACCAAAACAAUCCUCAAAACAACCCCAGCCCAGACGCGCCAUGUGUUCGAAGUCAACACACUCGCGCACUACUGGCUCGCACACGAAUUCCUGCCCGAUAUGAUCGAGGCAAACCAUGGUAUGGUUGUUACUGUUGCUUCGCUGGCUGGAUAUAUCGCCACGCCUAAUAUGGUCGAUUACUCGGCGUCCAAGGCUGCGGCUCUUGCGUUCCAUGAGGGACUUGCUGCUGAGCUGGUUACGCGCUACCAUGCGCCUAGAAUUCGAACUGUGCUUGUUACCCAGGGCUUUACUAGGACCAAUUUUCUUGGAGAUUUGACCCCUGAGGAUACUUGGCUUAAUCCCUUGCUUUAUCCUGAGACUGUUGCUGAGGAGCUGGUUAGGCAGGUGCUUAAGGGUGAGAGUGGGCAUAUUGUUGUUCCUGCAUCUGCUGGGUGGAUUGCAAAGCGACUUAGAGGCUUUCCUGGAUGGCUCCAGCAUUCGAUGAGGUGUACGUUGGAGAAGUUGAUGAGGGCUGGUUAG